ACUGGAGCUGGUCUCCAACACUGACCGGGAUUUGCUUUUGGCUUGGAACGACCCUGCAGGUUGGGGGUGCAGUGGCCUUCAAGUGGGAUUUUUAUAUGCUGAGCUCAUAUUUUUACAUUUCAAUAUCCUCCUUACCUGCUGCUGGCAGCGCAGGUUGAACCAGGGCAGGACUUCCUGAAAGAGAUAUAAACCAGAGGAACCGGAUUCACUCUGUGGGCUGAGAGGUCAUCCCACUGACCAACUGUAAGGCCGUGUACCAGCCAGCUGUCUCCAAGCAGACACCACCUCCAGCACUGCGGGGUCAUGGAGGAGUCGGAGGUUUGUUCCCUGCCUGGGGGACUUGCCAGUGUGAGGAAACAAUUUGAGACCCAGGAAACUGCAACAUCCCACAAUAUAACCCAGUUCCAUUUUCAUCACAGAACUGUGCAGGAAAUGUCCAACUCUGAAGUAACAGUGUCAAGCAGCAGCAGGCAUGUCGUCCCAGGCAGUCAGCAGCAAGAUGUCAACCAAGAAGAGAUGGUGUCUUACAGUGACAGUAACUUUGCAUCCAGUUUUGAAAACCAUCAAAAUGAAACAGAAGAGGAGUUUCCCAGGUACACUACAAAAGAACUGAGGGAUCUCUUUGAAAAAUCAAUAGAAGAGGCUGCUCCACACAAACCAAUUAAAAUUGGACGUGAUAUCAAUCGAGCUAAGUGGUCCUCAAAUGUGACACAAAACAACACUGUGACUAGUAAUGUCUAUGAAACAUCCGCUAAUGAGGCAGCAGAAGACACAUUGGCUGAAGUGAUGGAUUAUGCGGACUUUCCGCCCCCACCAGCUGAGGAUUGUGACUAUCUUCCACCCCCGCCUCCAGAAUUACUCGAAAUGCCAUCAGACAGUGAAGAUAUUCCGGCAUGCUAUUACUCACCCGAGCCUCCAGAACCGACAAACCUCUCCAAAUACCCACUCAACAAAGAAGCUUACUGCAAGCAGAGGAGUAUGUAUGAGCUGAAACGUCUUUACAAGCACAUUCAUCCUGAGGUUCGUAAGAAUAUAGAAAAGGAAUACUACAGUGAUUACACUGAAACUGAGAACAACCAGUUAGAGAACCAGGAGUACAUGUAUGAGGAUGAUGGGGGCAGUCCCGAUGAUAUCGACGAUGAAGAAUACAUGGAAUGGGAGGAGAUUCUCCCCGGGGAGGUGCAGGCAAUGCGAUGGAUGUUUGAAAAUAAACCACUGGACACCAUUAAGGAUGAAACUCCUGACGAGGAUGACGAAAACAACAAAAUAAGUGAACAGGAAAUGAUACUUGGAAAAGAUGUGAGACGUACAGCUUGGAUGUUUGAGACCAAGCCAAUGGAUGAGCUGAGUUCACACAAUAUCAACUCAACAGAAUACAAAAACAAAUUCAACAAAUUUGAUAAAGGAGAUGUCCGUGCUGCAGCGUGGCUGUUUGAAACCCAGACAAUGGACACUCUAAAUAAAAUGCAUAAGGAGGAGGAUUUAACAAAAGAGAUUGUGUUUACAGAGGAGGAUGGUAAUGCUACUAUUUGUAUGAUUGACAAUAGGUACAUGGAAAGCCUUGGCCAUACUGAGACCAUGGACGAGAGCCACCUUUUGAGACUGAGGUCAGUGUUAGAGGAAAUUCAUGGAGAAGUGAAAACUGUUACGAGUACUUUUGACACUCAGUUUAAAUGCAUCAUCAUGGGACAAUCGAGCCAAAUGCUGGAGAUUAAGUCCGUGCGAAAAAUUGAAAGUGAAUUGGAGAACUCCAUUGCUUCACGUUGGCUUUUCGAUACCCAACCCCUGGACAUGACAAACAAAGAAUCUACAUCUUUGAAACUUGUUUGUAGUCUUUCCAUGGAGGACAGCAAUAAGGGAGACUGGGGCAGGUGGUUGUUUGAGAUAAAGACCUUAGAUUCUCUUAAUGAGUGGGAAAGCUCAAAAAUGGAGAAGAACGACGUUACUGGAGCUGAUGUGCGCAAGCACUGCUUAGUGUUUGAAACCCAGCCAAUGGAUUCUCUGAAGGAUGACUCCAAUGCGAGACCCCAGUCUAUUGAAGAAAUUAUCGGGGGCAAUGUUAGAUCUGCGAGGCACUUUUUUGAAAGCAGCCCUCGAGCAGAGAGGAAAACUGACCCUGAGGUUGGAAAACUUCAAAAGGCAACAGUAAAUGAAGAAAUGAAAGGAGAUGUGAGACACCAAAAAUGGCGCUUUGAGAGUCAAAAUCUAGAGCACAUAAGGGAGGAGAAGAAAGAGAUUACUCGCACUGUGAAUGUUGAGGACGACCUCACACAAGAGGAUGGCACAAGCUGCGGGGCAGAUGUUCGCAAGAACUGCUGGGUAUUUGAGACCAAGCCAAUGGACACUUUAAACGAUGAUUCAAAUACUCAGCUACUGACAAAAGAGGACAUUAUUGCAGGUGAUGUGAGAUCAGCCAGAAAUUAUUUUGAAACAGCUCCAGCUGAGGAGUUGAAGGACCUUGCAGAGGUGGGCAAACUGAAAAAAGCUGUGGCUCUUAAUGAGGAGAAGGGUGAUGUCAGACAUCAGAAAUGGCGAUUUGAAAGCCAACCUCUGGAGCAGAUCAGACAAGAAAAGAAAGAAGUCAUCCGAACGAUUGACCUGGAAGAAAUUGAUAGAGUUGACGUCUUAAACUACAAACAAAUCUUUGAGAGCACAGAUUUAAACUGGAGGGAUGAAUCUCAAAAGAUUCUCAUAGAGGGUGUAACAUCCGGUUCUGUAAAAGCAAAUACAAACCUGUUUGAGUCUACCUCCCUGUAUGCCAUGCAAGACAGCUCAGGGCACUUUCAUGAGGUGAAAACAGUGCGGCGGGAAGAGGUUGUGAAAGGAGAUGUAACAACGUGCAAGUGGAUGUUUGAAACCCGACCAAUCGACCAGUUUGAUGAAAGCAUUGAUAAAUACCAAAUUAUCAAGGGCAUAUCGAAACAAGAAAUAGAGUCUGGUGAUGUGAAAACCGCAAAGUGGUUGUUUGAAACACAGCCUCUAGAUGCUAUUAAGUACUUCAGCAAUAUUGAAGAUGAAGAGGUUAUGGGGACAAAAAGAAAUCUUGACCACAUGAAGGGUGACGUGAAAACCUGCAAGUGGCUGUUUGAGACAAAACCAAUGGACGUCCUGUAUGAAAGAUCGGAGUUAAAGGGUGAAAAUGAAUCUGAAGAAAUGCAAAAGGGGGAUGUCAAAACCUGCACAUGGCUUUUUGAGACACAAGCACUCGAUACUAUCCACGAUGAGACAGAGACUAUUCUGAAAACGUGCACUGUCAAUCAAGAGGACAUUAAAGGAAAGGAUGUGAGAACGGCUUGUUUUCUCUUUGAGACAGAGAAAUUGGAGAACCUUUCUGAGGAGGAGACAGGCUCUUUCAAGCGCGUCACUGAGAUAGACAUUGCGUCUGGAGACGUGUCCGGGAUGAAGUAUAUUUUUGAAAACCAAACAUCCGAUAUCAUGACUUCUACAUCUGAGGAAGUAAUGCAAAAGCUCAAGACAGUUCAGACUGAGGACAUACAAAAAGGAAACGUAGUGAACUGCAAAUGGCUCUUUGAAAACCAAUCGAUAGAUACAAUACACGAUAGCCAAGAGGAAUUCAUGAGCAGCCGCACAGUGAAUGAUGUACAAGGAGGAGAUGUAGAUAAGGGCCGUUUCAUUUUUGAGACUUACUCCUUAGAUGAAAUUCAGGAGACGGACAAAGAGCUGAUGAAAAUGCGAAAAAUUGUCCGCGAUGAAGAUGAAAGGGGCAAUGUGAGAAAUUACACCAUGAUGUUUGAAAAUCAGCCCCUUUACGCCAUUCAGGACAAAGAGGGACUUUACCACGAGGUCACCACUGUCACAAGCAAAGAAGUAACACGAGGAGAUGUUGUCGGAACCCGGUGGAAGUUUGAAACCAAGCCCCUUGACGCUAUCAAGGACACUGAUGACGUUUAUAUAAUUAAAUCUGUCACACAAGAGGAUGUGCAAAAAGGCGAUGUCAGCUCUGCCAAGUGGAAAUUUGAGACACAACCACUCGACAGGAUUGCUGAAGAAACGAAGACUCUCAUAAAAACGGUGAAUGAUAUUCAGGGAGGCAAUGUUAGGAUAAACAAAGAUCGUUUUGAGUCUGACGCACUGUCGCAGGAAUCUGUUAGAACGGUUAAUGUGAGUGAAAUACAAAAAGGUGAUGUCAGGUCAGCGAAAUGGAGAUUUGAAACCCAGUCCAUUGACAAAAUAAGAAGCAUGAGCUCUGAAAAUCUGAUUGAAACGGUUAAAAAAGAGGAGGUUGAAAAGGGAGAUGUUAAACAUUCAGUCUGGCUCUUUGAGGAAAACCCCCUUGAUCACAUUAAAGAGGUAGAUGAGGACGAAGGUACAACCAUCACAUCACUCGAUCCGAUUUCCAAUGCGGAUGUAAAGUCAACAACGUGGUUAUUUGAAACAACACCAUUUGAUGACUUUAACGAGACAAAAAUGGAGAAGACUAAAAUCCUGGGCAAGAGUGUCAAAGGAACUCUCGAAGAACUUUAUAGUCAGAAAAUGGUGAGGUCGAAGGGAAUUCUCAUUGAAGCUGAUGAAGUCGGCGACGUUAGGAUGGCAAAAUACCAGCUAAUGAAUAAGCAGGCUCCGGAAAUUCAACGAGAGGAUGUCAUCAGGGGAGAUCUGCAGACUAUUAUGAUGAACCUGCUGAACAGACAGGAAAGACAGGAGCAGCAGAUAGUUAUAGAUUCAGAAGAGAAGGGUGACAUCAGUUCUACGGUGCAUCAACUAUUCAACCAACAGAGUGACAGCAGUAUUGAAAGAGAGGAAAUACUACGAGGUGACAUUCAGGAAGCUAUAAACAACCUUUUUGAUGAGAGCGGUUCAGCAAAACAUGGAAUACUCAUCCAGGAGGAUGAAAAAGGAGACGUGCAGAUGACAUUAUAUUCCCUUCUCAAUAAACAAGAGAAUGUUAAUGUUGAAAAAGAGGACAUUGUAAGAGGGGAUAUAAAGAGUGCACUUCAAAGACUGUCCAGGUCAGACAAGAAAGAUCAGGCAGUAAAGAUAAGGAUAGACGAGACUGAAAAAGGAAAUGUCAACUUUUACUCCACAUGCAUCGAAUCUGGGGCUCUUGACUAUCUUAAACAGCUUCACGUAGGAUCUGAUGAGACUCUGCCUGACAGAGUAGAAAAAGAGAAGAUCCUUGGAGGCGACAUCAAGGGCACUAAACUCAUCCUCGGCCGUAAUUCAACGCAAAUUGAUCGUACAGUGGAGGAUGUUAUACCUGGUGAUGUUCAAAACACAGUAAAAGUUUUCAUGUCAGAGCCAAUGCUCUCAUUGGAAAGACUCCAAACGGAGGAGAUAGUCAAAGGCAAUUUAAAAGCUGCUUUAAAUCUAUUGUCUGAAUCAGCAAAUCAAACGGUUGUUGUAGAGAAAGAGGAGGUGGUGAAAGGCAACAUACCGAAAACCCUGCAGUGCCUGGAGAAGGCUCAAAAACGAUACAAAGAGGUGGAGAAGCCAGAUAUCAUAUGUGGAAAUAUAAAAGGGGCUCUGAGAUCUCUUGAAAAAUCUUCAACUUCUCGAGUUGAAGCUGUUCUCGAGGAUUUAGUUCUUGGAGAUGUGAGGGCCACACUGAAAUCUCUGGAGCUGGCAAAGCAAGCGGUAAAGGAAGUCGAAAAGGAGGAAAUUGUGAGGGGCGAUAUUCGCACAGCAAUGCAAAGUCUGCACGAUGCCUCCAGUGAGAGGAAGACGUGUCAACAGGAAAUAGAUGUUCAGGGCAACGUCAGAGAAACAAUUCAGCUCUUAAUGGAGCUUCCGCCUUCACCAAGGAUGGAAAGGAGCCCAAGCCUCGAGCGUGACGUAAAGGGUGAUGUGAAGAUGUCAAUUAAGUCAUUGUAUCAGAUGCAGGAGCAAUCCCAGCUGGAGAAAGAAGAAGUGAUAAAGGGUAAUGUUAAAGGCACAAUUAAAUCGCUGUUGGAAACAGCACAGCGUGAAUCUCCCAAAGUCAGACUUGGAUCAUACAGAAGAGUUCGAGUCAAGCAGAGCCCCCCGGUAAACAACUUAAAUGAUGAUGCAAAAAGGAACAUACAAAAGAUAAAAACUGCUAAUUCAGUUGAGACAUCAAAAGAAAAGCACUCCAUCUCUAAUGACACUGAAAUUGUUAGAACAAUGUCAAGUUCUGUGGAGCAGUCUUCUCAGCAAUCACAAACUGUGGUGGAGCAUAAAACGAUUAUCCAAAAUCACGGCAUCAAAACAUUAAAGACAGACUUUCGUAAUCUAAAGUCGAAGGGAAAGGGAAUGAAAAAAGUAGAUAAAACCAAAGUAAGAACUGAUGAUUACAUCCUAAACCCACAUGCGCCAGAGCCUGAUCUGCCUCUCCCACCUCCACCAGAGACAGACGCUGACCUUCCUCCUCCUCCUCCCAGUGUUGAUUCUGACAUUGAUUAUCUUCCUCCUCCACCACCACCACCACUAACCAGUGAGCAGGACUUUCUCCCACCUCCUCCCUCUCAACAGGAACUGGAGAGCAUGCCAGCACAGGCAAUUCAUCCCUCACCAGCAAAAGCAACAAAGAUGACAGUCAAAAAAGUGAAAGCUCCGGUCAUAUACCCGGUCCCAAAGCUGGAGCCUAAAGUGGAAUUCAGUAAAACACAGCAGGUGGAGCUCACAUCCGGGAAAGUGGUAGAAAUCAGCCAAUCUCAAUCAAAAACAACAACACAUAGAUCAAAAACUCCACUGCCUGAGUCACCAAAACCGCUAAAGAAAGUUUACAUCGCUCCUGUCAAAUUCACCCCUCCACCCUCUCCUCCGCCUUCCAUGAGAGGGAAAAUGACUAAAUUUACCACUCCAUUAAUAAAAGCAGAAGAAAAGUACCGGAAGCUGGUGGAGGACAACACCCCCCCAACCACUCCAACACCCACAUACAUACAUGACUCAGUUACCGCUGCUCUUGAAAUGCUCUCCACCGUCGAUACAGGGCAGUCAAAUAACAAUGCAUCAGAAAUCACAAAGGGGAGAGCCGAGAAGAAGGCAUUGAGUGUCCAUUCAGACUCCCUAUCAUCUGAUUUAUCCAAGCAUGUCGUAGUUUUAAAUACCACCCACAGCAAUGUCAGCGCUAGCCAUGAGAAAAUCUGCACUGAUUCAACAUUUAUAUCUUCUGCCAAACAGGAAAUUGUCUCUAAUGAGACAUCGAAGGUUAUCUCUAUUCAAAAGACCUCGUCAGUAUCAGCUGUUAAACAACAGAUGCAUACGACUACACAGAACUCUAUUUAUGUUUCCUCCGAGCAGUCUGCUCAGUCUGUCAUGGCUGACAAGGUCCAGACCUCGCUGACUGAUGUCGCAAAAACUGAAAACAUGUUGGCUGAAAGAAAGGAUUCUAAAAAUCUGAAAACAAAGCGCUCCAACAAGCCCUAUGAUAAAAACGAAGAUGAAAUGUAUUCUAAUAAAAGCCAUACAGAAAAGAAUGAAAGCAAAUCACAAUCUGAGAAAAAAGACAAAAAUGUAAAAGAGUCCAGAUCACCACCGCGUGAUAACAAGGAGAAAACUGAUCAUUCUCCUACCAAGAGCCAGGAGAAAGUUUUGGAUCAACCAAUGCAAACAGAAAAGGCAGCUGCCAAUACAAAUGGAAAAGCAGGUAAAUCUAAUCAAAAGGGGAAAAAGAACCAUAAGCAAGAAAAACAAGUAGAGACAAAAAGGUCCAGUGAGAGUGAGAAACAGAGUGUUUCACAAGACGUCAAGGUGAAUGUGAAGGAAGCUGCUGAGGUGAAAGUGAUCAGUGAACCUAAAGAAGUAAAGACAGAGUUAAAACAGGGGGUUAAGAAUGUUACUUCCUCUCCUGCUGCCGCCCCUAAGCCUGCUGUUACGGAUAGCAUAACUGACAGCCAACCGGAAACUCCAACUCCCGCAAAAAAGAAAAAGAAGUCCAAAAAGUCUAAAGGGGGUACACAGGCAGCUCAAGGUAAAGAGAUUUCCACAGAAUCAAAGACAGACAUCAUAUACACCAAUACAACAACGUCUGAAAAAUCACACCAAACUCAUGAAACAAUUGCAAUUUCCCAAAUUAAAAAAAGUAUAAAUGAAGAGGAGAUUCAAGUGGACAGAGAAGUCAUUACCACAGAAUGCAAAGAUGAUCAAAAUUUACAACAACAAAAAAGAGUUCAAAAGCAACUGAAGGGAUCUCAAAAGAAGAAAGAAGUGACAGCUAUUCAGCAGAGCGAAGAGAAUCCUCCAGAAGAAAGUCGUGAUGUCCCAAUUACAGUGACAGGCAAGUCGGAGCAAAAUGAACGGGUAAAGUCCACAGCAGGGAAAACAGAAGAAUCUCAGAGGCGAGAGGCCCAAGUGUUAAUCUCUCACAUCACAGAGAUACAAAGAGUUUCAGAGAAGACUGAUUCUAAAUAUGUGAAGACUCUAGUCAACACAGUUCCAGAUUGGCUGAUAAGUCCCGAAAGAAAGUGCGAACUGGAGGAAUCUGUGUUGGAAAGCGAUGCUCAAAAAAGUGAAGAAAUUCUUUCUCGUGUGAGGAAACUAGCAGACGCUAAACUAAUGCAUCUAGAAGAUAAUGAAACAACGGAGAAGCAUGAAUGUGAGCCAAUAUCGGAGAAAUCUGUUUCUGCUGGGGCAACGCCAAGAAUAUCCAAGAUCAGUAUUGGUUCUGCCAAAAUUGAGAACCAAACAAAGAAGAAGACCUCCCAUGAAAGGCGGAAAGAAGAAGUCAGUCAGUGCAAGUCUGUCGACCUCCGGGCUCCCUCUCCGUUGUUGAGGAUGCGAUCGCCCUCGCCAACGUUUAUCACCAUUGAAUCCACACGAAGAACUGACUCACCCUACAGAGUUACGCCAUCACCCACCCUGCUGCAUAGGCCACACACACCUCCCACACCACCCCCACGCAGGUGUGACACCCCAACAUCAUGGCUCACUAGAAUCACACCCUCUCCGACUUUUGACAGAGCAGAAAAUUUGGCUCGACUUAAAGACACAACAGCCAAACUCUCGCGUGGCGUCACCCCACCACCGCUACUCCCUCAACAAAUCUCAGAGAGGAAAUCUGAGAUUGUGGAAUCACCUGCGUCUUUCCAUCGGCAAAUCAAAAUUGAUUCCCAACUUGUGGAGGCUUCAGAGACUAUUGCAACAGAAAAGCUAAAAGAGAGUUUAUCUAGGGAGGCUCAGUGGGCUGAUGUAAAUUCUGCACAUGUAGAAGAAGAUCAAGCUAAUAUUUCGGACGGUUUGAAUGCAAGUGGAAUACAAAGUAAGUCCCACAUGUCAUUUUGUCAAAAUGACCCAGAUCUUAUUGAUGCUUUAGAUAUUCCAGAGCCAUUAUCUCUAUCCGUCAAAGAAAAGAGAGAGUUUUUUGAAGAAGCACAAAAGGCUGAAAUUCAUAAGACUUAUGUGCGAAAGGAGCCCAUUGCUAUCCCUGAACGACUGGGUCCAGACACGGAGGACUUAAAGGCAGAAAAUGAGAACAAAGAAGACGAAGAGCUUCCCAGGGCGGACCUGUAUGGUCUUGUAAACAAAUUUGAAUCACCAGAAGAGAAAUUCUUUAUCAGAAAAGAGCUUAUCCCACUCACAGAGUGGCUUCACACUGACACUGAAAACAUAGAUUUUGACAAAGAGAAAGCAAACAUCCUGGAACAAGAAAUGCCAGCUUUUGACAUCCAGGCUAUUAAAAAUGUUUUUGAACUGGGUGAGCAAAGUUUCUCAUUCAGAGAGGAGAAAGAGGAUCAGGAGGAGACUGUGUCAAGCCUGAGUGAAACAACAGCAGACACUUCAAAGCAGGAAAGUCCUCAAGAGACACAGAAAGGCUCAUGGCGGAGCACCCCCCUCCCUCCUCAGAAAACUGAGGCAGAAAUUGUGCCAGCAGAACCAUCAGCCUUUUCUGAAACCAAAUCAAUCACAGAACAUUUCUCAGAUGUUGAUGACUUUGGUAACAACGUCACCGGAAUAAGGACAGCUGCCUCUGAGCACUCUGAGAGUGUGUCAACCCAACGGGCUCCUUUUUCCUACGCUGAUGCGGUUAAAAAAAAGGCCGCAUCAGCAAAGCAAAUGGAAACCAUCGAUGACGAUGCUACUGACAAGUUGCUGAGUAAUUUCCACAAAACAUGGACAGAGAGUGAAUCCGUUUUCAAGAGUCUUGGCUACACCAUUUCUGAGGAGACAACAUCACAAGUUGUGUCACAUCAGACGAAGAUCGUCUCAUCUGGUUCGAGUUCCAAAGUCAGAGCUCUGCACAGUAUGUCGGAGGAGAGCUUAUCCGAUGGAUGCUCUGAUAGUGGACAAAAAGAAGUACCAUAAAUCCUGUUUCUGCUGUGAGCACUGUGGAAAUAAAUUAAGCUUAGGAAAUUACGUCUCUCUCCAUGGACACUUCUACUGUCUACAUCAUUACAAACAACUCCUCAAAUCCAAAGGGAACUAUGAUAAUGGACUUGGGCAGAAUCCUCCCGCAGGAAGUGGUGGACCUAUCCCCUCAGAUGAGAAACUUGAAUGGAGAUAUUCCAUGAGCAGCCUAAGUUCAGUAGACAAAACACACAGCGGUGAAAACAAUCUGACAAAAAUGUGCGAUGAAAGCAAACGACAGAGCAACAAAAUAUCUGUAGUUUGGCCCCCACAGGUGGAUCUCCUGAAGGAAGCCUUUAAAAUAGAAGAUGACAUUCAGCUAACUAAACCACAGUGGCCCCCUCCUGACAACACUCCCAAGUCACCCAAACAACAGCACAGAAAGGCUGUUCCUAAAAGUGUCGUUUGAAAUGUAAUCACCACCCAUCAACUAGACAGAUAAGUUAAAGAAACCCAAAGAAGAAGCACAAAAGAACGAAUGGUUAAAUAAGAUGCUACGAAAGGACUGUCCAAUUGGUGCAAUUAAGGAUGUGUAUGUUUGAAGGUCAUGCAGUCAAGGGAUUUUAUAAAGGAACAUGAAAAGUGAGGACAUGAAAGGAAACCGUGUAUACUUGUAAAUGGAGCGUGAAUGUAAAAAAAGAAUGUAACUGGAAUAGUAAGUACGAUAGAGAUAGACGUGGAAAAAGUGUGGAAAGUGGAUGUAGACAUGGAGCAGUGUGCCUUGAAACGACAGGCUUAUCUAACGUGUAAUUUUUCAUUCGUUGUAUUUCAUCUUUAUUUUUCCUGACUUUCAGCAUUCACACUAAUGUAACAGUUAGUAUUUGACACAACAAGAUCUAAUUUAACCGCUAUAACAAUGUAUUUGUUUCGACAAGUUAAACACAUUAUGGCUAAAAACGGCAUCACGACAAGUUUAAGAUCUGAGUCUAAUAAAAUGAUGUUGGUUUCAAUCUACAUUUCUGGGUGACAAUAAGUCAGUUUAGUCACUUUUUAAUCAACUGAAUAUGUAAACUGUAUUCCCACUGCACCUAAAAGGAGCACAGUAAAGAAUCCCAUAUAAUUCAGCCCUGUUUCUUUUUCAUCCCCUUUGUUUUAUUCUAAAAUGAAUUGGUUUAUUGUAUAAUUCACUCCAUUAUUUUGCUACUGUAUGCUGGUUAAUGGAAAUAGUUUCAGUCGGUGGACUCUGUUGUAUUAUUCUGUCCGGUCUUUUAUCUUUCAACAUAUCAACAUUUUUGCAUUUGCCUCUUUUUUUAGCACCUGGUGUGCAGACUACUAAAAGAAUCUUGGAAUUAUUUUAUUUAUAACAUUGAAAGUAUAUAAUGUAAACAAGUGAAUUGGUGAUAAUCAUGUUUGUUUUGGACAUUUGUAUCCUAUUUUGAACAACAAAUAUUUUGCAAUGAAGAAUUUUAUUUUUUAGAUUAGUUAAACCUUGCUUUGUACAAGAAAAUUCCUGAUUCCAUCGUGCUGUCAGGCUGGUUCACUUACUUAAUUGCUGAUCU